UCUCCUCGUGUUUAGGAGGCGGCCGAUGUCGUCAAGUGCCGGCGGUCGUCCUGCGGGCGUGUUUGAGCCGCGCUGUUCGCUUCAGACCCGUUGUUUUUCAUGCUGGAGUCGCUGAGGCGGAAAGAUCGCGUCCAUGCUAUCAUUAGUGGCUGAUUCGAUUUAAUUAGAACAAAAUCAUGGAGGAUUUUUCUCCCGAAAGCGAAAGGAUGGAGGCUUGGCUCGACGACAACCAGGACUUCGCUCAUUCGUACUUCGUGCGAAAAGCGAACCGGGAAAUGGUCAACGCUUGGUUUGCUGAGCGUGUGCAUUCCAUCCAGCCGUCUAAGACACAUACAGACGGCUCGAAAACUCUUCUGGAAGCAAGUUCCCUGACCGCUUCAGGCUCCACAGAGACCCCAUCGCCCAGUCCGGUUCCUUCUACACCCACACGCAAGAUCUCUGCUUCAGAGUUCGAUCGGCCACUACGGCCGAUUGUGGUGAAGGACGCAGAGGGCUCGCUGACCUUCCUCGGUGACACAGAACGGGUGCCCAUGCCACCGCCAACUCCUUCUCACAAGCUGGAGCGGACAGGUGGGGAUCGUUGUGCCCGUCUUCUUGAGCUUGUGCGUGAUGUGUCUAGCCACUUAGAUCUGACAGCGCUCUGCCACCGCAUCUUUUUACACACACACGAGCUAAUCGCGGCUGACCGCUACUCACUGUUCCUGGUGUGUGAAGACAGCUGCAACCGAAAGUUCUUAGUCAGUCGGCUGUUUGAUGUUGCCGAAGGCUCCACACUUGAGGAAUCUUCCAACAGUGGCAUUCGCCUGGAAUGGAACAAAGGCAUUGUGGGACAUGUGGCAGCCACAGGCCAGCCGCUGAACAUAAAGAACGCUUAUGAGGAUCCUCGGUUUAAUGCAGAGGUGGACCAAAUCACCGGCUACAAGACACAGAGCAUCCUGUGUAUGCCCAUAAAAAAUCACCGAGAUGAGGUUGUUGGUGUGGCACAAGCAAUCAAUAAGAGGUAUGGAGAGAACAGCACCUUCACAGAACAAGAUGAGAAGGACUUUUCCUCCUACUUGGCUUUCUCCGGGAUUGUUCUACACAAUGCACAACUCUAUGAGAUGUCACAGCUUGAAAACAGGAGGAAUCGGGUGUUGUUAGAUCUGGCCAGUCUAAUUUUCGAAGAACAACAGUCUUUGGAGGUCCUGCUGAGGAAGAUCGCAGCCACUAUUUUGUCUUUCAUGCAGGCUCAGGAAUGCACUAUAUUUAUUUCGGAUGCAGAAACACUGAAUGCUUUCUCCAGUGUGUUUCACAUGGAGUACGAAGAGCUAGCUGGAUCUGUGGACCUCUCUAACAGAGACAGUGGUGCAAGUAAGAUCAACUACAUGUAUGCUCAGUAUGUGAAGAACACCAUGGAGCCACUAAACAUUCCUGAUGUCACAAACCUGAUGUCUGACCAGCGGUUUCCUUGGACUAGUGACAACCCUGACUCCCCAACCUACCAUGUAAAGAGUUUGUUGUGCACACCAAUUAGGAAUGGGAAGAAGGAUAAAGUUAUAGGUGUUUGCCAGUUGGUCAACAAGAUGGAUGAAUCUACAGGGGAGGUGAAAGCCUUUAAUCGGAAUGACGAGCAGUUUCUAGAGGCCUUUGCCAUCUUUUGCGGCCUGGGCAUUCAAAACACUCAGAUGUACGAAACUGUGGAGAGGGCCAUGGCCAAGCAGGAAGUCACCCUUGAGGUUCUCUCUUAUCAUGCCUCCGCUGGAGAGGAGGAGACACGGGCGCUCGAGGUAACUGCGGCUGCCACUGUCCCCUCAGCUCAGUCUCUGAGGCUCCUCGACUUCAGCUUCAGUGACUUUGACCUGUCUGACACAGAGACCACCCAGGCCACUAUUCGCAUGUUUGUCGACCUCAAGCUUGUGCAAAACUUUCAGAUGAAAUACAAGAGCAUGUGUCAGUGGAUCCUGAGCGUGAAGAAGAACUACAGAAAGAACGUGGCCUACCAUAACUGGCGGCAUGCCUUCAACACUUCUCAGUGCAUGUUUGCCAUACUGAAGUCAGGGAGGUUACAGAACAAUCUAAGUGAUUUGGAGAUUUUGGCACUGAUGAUUGCGACUCUGUGCCACGACUUGGACCACAGAGGUGUCAACAACUCAUACAUCAAGAGGAGUGACCAUCCUCUUGCCCAGCUCUACUGCCACUCCAUUAUGGAGCAUCACCACUUUGAUCAGUGCCUCAUGAUUCUCAACAGUCCAGGCAGUCAAAUUUUAAGCAGUCUUUCACUGGAUGAGUAUAAAACUACACUGAAGAUGAUCGAAAAAGCCAUCUUGGCCACUGACCUGGCCCUCUACAUGAAGAAACGAACAGAGUUCUUUGAACUAACAAAGAACAGCCAGUUUGAUUGGGAAGAUGGUCAUCACAGAGACUUGUUAAGGUCCAUGCUGAUGACUGCAUGUGAUAUCUCUGCUAUUACUAAACCCUGGCCUGUACAAAAGAGGAUAGCUGAGCUUGUUGCCACAGAAUUCUUUGAGCAAGGGGACAAGGAAAGAGAAGAGCUGAACAUUGAACCUAUUGAUCUGAUGAACAGAGAGAAGCGUGAUAAGAUUCCCAGCAUGCAAGUGUCCUUUAUCGAUGCCAUCUGCACACAGUUGUAUGAGACACUGACCGGUAUGUCAGAUUACUGCUCCCCUCUACUGGAAGGCUGCAGGAAGAACAGGCAGAAUUGGAAGCUGCUUGCUGAACAGGCCGAGGAAGCAAACUUACUGAAUGGAGGACUUUAAACGCCUCAUCCCAGUCAGUUCACGAUCAAGUUUAGCCCUUUUCCGUUACCUCCAGGUCCUUCCUCAUACCACCCACCACCCACUGAAGCUUUAAGCAAUGAAUUAUAUCUGGUUAUAAUUCCUGCAAUUAAUUCAGUUCACCAACCACUAUAGCGCAAAGUCUUAUUUUACGUAGCUGAAUCAUAUUGGUUCCAUAUUGGCUUGGGGGAGGUGAGGGAACACAACACUAAAGCAAUACUCAGACAUACUCGAACUCACCUAUAUAUGUUUGUUAAUUCAAAAUAAUCACCACAAGCCUAAUAAAGAACAGGCAUGAUAAGUUAUGCUUUGUGUAUAAAUCAGAUUUGAAGGCUAAAAGUUUCUUCCUGUCUGGUCACUAUAACUGUCAGUAAUGAGUGUAAUUGGGUAUUUAAAAGCAAACGCUUCAUUCUAGUCACUGGUUAGGUUUUAGUCAAAUAUCUAUUACUUGAUGAACCAUUUUAAAGAAUCUUAGAGUAAGGGAGCUGGUGAGGGGGAAAAGAUUACGAUCUUUUUAUGGUCAAUGCAUUUAUUUAUUGUUUCAGUCUCAUGUCAGGAUUUUCUGUAGCUCAUUCACUGAAAUGAAGAUGCAGAGGUAUAAAAGAAACAUCAUCACAACAGCGCACCAUACAAUGAAGCUAAUAUACUCGUCCAAGUCAAACACACCCACUUCAGAUAUGUAGAAGAAUGUCAUUUUUCCUCCACAUUGUGUUAAUGUUUUCACCUGUAAUUUGUAUAUUUAUUAACUUUAUAUCAUGUUGUGAGAACUUGGUUACUUGUAACUCUUGCAAAAAAGUAAGUAAGGGAAAAAUAAAAAAAUAAAAAAAAAUUAUUGAUAUAUAUAUAUAUAUAUAUAUAUAUAUAUAUAUAUAUAUAUAUAUAUAUAUAUAUAUAUACAUUUGUGUGCUUUAUUUGGGAUAUAAUUGGCUGUUGAAAGUAAAACAUUUGUUAUUAAGGUGUUAUUGUCCAGAUGACACGUGGCAUAUUCACUUGAAACCACCUUUAAGACUAUUUAAGCUUUUGCAUGCGUGCGUGCGUGUGUGCGUGUGUGUGUGUGCGCGCGUGCUUAAGGAGAAUGCCUAGUUCAGCAUGGUAUUUUACAGCCUGAAAAAUCUUAUAAAAUGCAUUGAUCUUUUUAAGGGAUUUGACGUACUCUGUGAAGAUGACUUGAUGUUCUUAACUUGUUCAAAUUAUCUGUGAUAAGUUGAGGCAGUUCCAGUUUUUCUUGGUUGCUUUUAAGCAUUUCUCAAAACGAUUUGUACAAAUACCCCGCAAAGCCUGUUUCUCAAAAUCAUUACUUUAUCUCUUAAAAGUAAGUAUUUGUGUGAAUAAACAGAUAAUUGCCAUCAGAAUGACAAGUCUUUUUGGCAUUGUUCACAAACAAGAUGGUCAAAUUGUUUAGUCAUGUCUUAUGUUUCAGUAUUUCCCAAUGUAAACUACGGUUUGGCUUAUGAUCGAAAAUGCUUAAGUCUGAAUUACUACUGUAUGGCAGAUAUGAAUUUUAACAGCACAAAUUUACAAAUUACUGUAUGUGGGAUAUUGAUUGCAAGAGACUGUACUGUAUUAGUGUUUGUUUGUUUUCUGGUUCAUCCAUUUUCAGAAACCGUAAUUCUGUGUUUUGCUCUGUUGACAAUUGAAGGUUCACAAGAUUCACUUUUGACCUGUUUCAGAGAACUAGUUGCUCAUUGGUUGAUCUUGAUGCCCUGCAGUCUCCUUCAUUAGUCACAUAAGACACAUUUACAAAAUAAAGUUUAAUAGAAAUCUAA